AUGGAGCUUUAUGAAGAAGCAUUGCAGUAUCUCUUAUCCUAUGGUAUAGCAGUGUUGGAAGAAAAGAUUGUAAGUACAGAAUUCUCUCAAGAAGUGUUUGAGGAUGAGACAGAAUGGACUCCCAAUGGCACAGAGGACAUCCCAGCACUUCCAGACACACCAAUUUGUAAAACCCCAGAAGACAUGUUAGAAAAGAGACUGCUGGUACUCAAGGAGAUUUUGAUUAGUGAGGAGACCUAUCUUAAUGAGCUGGAAACCCUUCUAAUGCCAAUGAAGGCUCUCCGUGCCUCAGCUGGUACAUCUCAGCCUGUAUUGUCCAUCGAGCAGGUCCAGACAGUGUUCUACCAGCUUCCAGAGCUCCGAGAGCUUCACACCGAGUUCCACAGCAGCCUCAGAGCUAAACUGCAGUCAUGUUUGGAACAGGACCUUUAUGUGCAGCAGUUAUCUGUGGGAGACAUCUUCCUCAGAUUUGUAAGCCAGCUAGGAGUGUACAGAGGAUUUAUUGAUAACUAUGAGAGUGCUGUUCAGAUAGUGAAGAAAUGCACCCAGUCAGACCCACGAUUCCGAACGCUAGCCCAGAGCAUGAAGUCCACCAAAGGGUCUGACAGCUCACGAAAUAUGUACACCUUUGAAGCUCUGCUCUACAAGCCUCUGGACAGAGUGACCAAGACUACUUUAGUGCUGCAUGAUCUGCUGAAACACACGCCAGCUGAUCACCAGGACAUGGCGCUGUUACAGGAAGCACUGCGUGUCUCCAGCAGCUUCCUGUCUGGGGUCAACGAGGGGUCCCACUGCAAGACAUCAGUCACGCUCAGCAGAGGAGAGAGAAGACGGCUGGUGCGUGACGGGUUUGUGGUGGAUGUCUGUGAUGGUGGCCGGAGCCUUAGACACUUGUUCCUCUAUACAGACUUGCUUCUGUGUGUCAAACUGAAGUAUGGGUGCAAAGGGAGGCAGUCUUACUACAGAUUUUGUUGGUAUAUGCCACUAGCUGGCCUCAAGAUGAACUGGGCAGCAGAGCAGGAAGCAUCAGAUGAACUUCAGCUCAGACUGAGCAACAUGAGAGCAAAGUUGUUCCAGUUAAGGCAAGCACUCCAGGUAAUGAAAGAGAAAAAAGAGUCUGUUUCUCGUACCAGUGAUCGCUGUAGAAGGAAACUUGAAGCAUGUGAACUUUGGCUUCUUACACACAAACCUUCUUUUAUUUUAGAGCUACAUAGCAGCAGCAGUAAGAGUCACACAAUUCACUUACCUUCUCUAUAUGAGCUUGACGAGUGGAGAGAAGCAAUUAAUAAACUCAAAUCUGAGGAUCUAGAGACAGUGCCUCCAGACCUUCUCACUCUUACCAAUUCUUGUGUCAAACUAAGAAUGACCCAACAGCCACCACUUAACUGCCUUCAGCAUGAUAGCGAGGAAAAUAGUAUGUGUGGGAGUGUGUAUGUGAUAGUGCAUUCAGCCUGUGGUCUACAGUCGCCUGCCAGUGUUUUUGUGUGUGUAGAGGUUGAUGGCUUUGAUAUUUUUGAGAGAAGAGCGCAGACGUGUCUUUCCUCCUAUACUCUGACACCACAAUGGGACCAGGAGCUGGUGCUGCAGGUGGAUGGCGCUCAACACCUCAGUCUGUUGUGUGUCUCCGAGUCCCAACCGGAGAUUCUGGGUAGAGCUAAAAUACAGUUGGAUACCCUUGACAUUCUGAAGAAGUGGAAGAAAUUAACAGUAAAUCUGGGCUCAGUAGAGUUGAUGCUGUCAAUUAAAUACUCACCCCAUCCCCUGGAGCCUCCCAGCUACACCCCACUUCAACACAAGCCAGUGUUCUGUGUGCUGAUUGAAGAUGUGGCAAGACAAGAGGGUGUGCUGGUGCCUCACAUAGUGCGCUCCUGUGUGGACGAGGUUGAGAGGAGAGGACUGGAGGAGGAGGGCAUUUAUAGAAUCUCAGGGUCAAGCAAACAGAUUCAAGAUCUCAAACAUGCAUUUAACACCAAUUACUGGGAGGCUAUGAGUAAAGUAAGAAGUGUGGAUGUGAAUGUAGUGUCAGGAACACUGAAGCUGUACCUAAGAGAACUGCCCGAGCCUCUUAUUCCUGCUGCACGUUUCCAGAGUCUCUCCAGAGUGAUGGACCUGCCUGACCCGUACCAGAGAGCGAGCAUCAUGUUAUCUGAGCUGCAGUCUUUCCCUGAUGUCAACUGCAACACUCUUUUGUUCCUAUUUCAUCAUCUUAAAAGGGUCGCAGAGAAGGAGGCGCAGAAUAAAAUGUCUCUGAGUAAUCUGGCUACUGUGUUUGGCCCGACUCUCAUGCGCCCUCCAGCGGCCAAUAUAAUUCAGGACGGCCCUCCAGUGGACAUCUCUCAAGAGCUCAACGUUCAGGUCCAUGUGAUUUAUUUGUACCUCCAGAACAAGAAUCUUCCAGAAGCUCUGACCACUAAACCACUGAAUACAGAGGAGGAAACAUGAAUGUUUGUAAGCAUUUUGGAGGACAAGUUACAUGCAUGUGCCUUUCUGCUAGAGACUUGUUACACCUAGCAUUUAGCAAAUGCUCGAAUCCUGUGCUUCAUCAGUAAACAUUUUCAUUUUCUAGUACAGUUAGUCAACAACAUAUGCUGAAACCUUGUUAGUAAGUGCAAGGUUAGUCCAUUUAAAUACUUAGUAAUGAGAGUCACCUGAGUGUGUAAAUGUCUUCCUUGAAUUUAUUGGUGGAUAAAGAUACGCCAGACCUGUAGCUCAAACGGUACGUGGUACAGAACAGGGUUUGAUCAGUGCUCUAUGGUAGGUCAGGGCUGUUCCAGAUUUAGCUUUGUCGACAAGCAUUAUUUUGCAAUCAUAAUCAGUAAUGUGUUUAGUCUAAAGACCUCAAAGGCAGAAGCAGAGUUGGAACACAUUAUAUAGAGUGCCAAUCAAUUACAGGGCAUCACACACUAAACUUUUCACUUGUAUUACUAGGGUCAACUUUGAAUAGGCAAGUUGACUAUUUACAUGUUUUUAUUCUACAUGUUUGAGGAAAAUGAACUAAUGUGAGCUAGGCUAACUGAAAAGGAGAGUAAGACAACAGGGACCAUGGGUUAUUAAGUAGCUAAAGUCAUGUGAGCAAGCAAGAAUAGGCAAGCACUUGCAAAACCUUUACAAUUAGCAUCCUCAAAGUCAAACAGCACAGUGUAAUUACUAGGGAAAGGUGAUGAAACAUUGGUACCAUGCAACUGUUGCAACUUUUUUGAAUGGGUUGCAGCCAUCGAAUUCUAAAUGUGUUUAUAUUACAAAUACAUUAAUGUUGGUCACUAAAACUUUUAAAAUAUUUAUUGUACUAUUGUCAGUCUAAUAAAGGUUCAACAGAAUGAACAAA